AUGAAUUUUAGUUAAGAAUAAAAUAAAGAAACAAGUAUAUUUUACAAAUCUAAACUUUGUACUCAUUGGUCAACAAGUAACAUCAUUCAUCAUCUUAUAUAUAGAAGGACAUUGUGCCAAACAAGAAAAAUGCAAUUAUGCUCAUGGAGAAACUGAAUUGAGACACAUACCACAAGAAUAUUUGACUCAUCCCCAUACUAAUAAUUCCAGUGCCUUUUCAAUAAACAAUGAAGGACAGACUAAUAUGGCUGUGAUUCAAUAAAACUCAAUCUAGGGAUAACUUUUAAAUCCCUUUUGGAAAACUAAAAUUUGUAAUUUCUAUCUGCAGGGCAAAUGUCGAAACAUUAUUGAUUGCAAUUAUGCACAUGUUGAAGAAGAACUAAGAGAUACCACAAGUCAAGCAUAUCAAUCAAUCUAAAAUAUCCUUAAAUUAUAAGAUCCAGUUUAUAGAUUAUAAUUACUAAACUAUAAUGCUUAAUUUCAAAAGAACUUGUUGGAACGUGCCAAAACAAUAUUUGAUUAAAUUAGGAAAUUGGAAUUGAUACACAAAAACAGCAAUGAUAUUCAAGACAUGCUUGAAGAAGCUAAAUUAUUGAUAUUUUAAAAGGAAAUUGAAUAGGCUACAUUGAAAAUAAUCGAAAUAAUGUCAUUGCCUGAUUUAACUUUAGAUGAACGAGAACAACACUAAGAAAUCAAAAGUAAAAUUAAGGAAUCGUUUGAGAUCCCUUAAGUACAAUUUCCAAUCACAUCUAAUUAUCCCCCUGAAGAUAUCGAAAAAAUGAAACAAUUAAUGGAGUAAGAAUAGGGAUAGCGUUUACCCAUUCCUAUGAUACCCACAAUAAAACCAUUUCCCAAUCACUAAUAAGUUUACUAAGAUAGAUGCAGAAAUUAAAAAUUAACAUGAU